GCGCGCGCGUCGGGGGAGUAAAUAAUAGGCCACCGCUCACCGAGGGCGCAGGGGAGAAAGAUCGAAGAGCUCAGUCUCUCAGACUCAGAGUGGAUAAGUUCGCACUGCUCGUAGUACUCCGCUGUCUCGGACCAGACACACUAGCGAAUCCACGACAAGCUCCGGCAGAGAAAGAUCUCGUCUAAGGUUGUUGCUGUUCCACUCCAUCUUCAUGGCCGCGCGAGCACUGGCCGCCGCUGCUAUCGGCCGCCGGGUGGCCAGAGAGACCAGGCCGCCCCUUCUCGCCUCCUGCAGGAAUCACUCGGCCAGCGCGCAGCGUGUGGAGGACGCCCAUGCCGCGGCGCCGGCGAUGACUACCGGGGAGCAGGUGGAGGCGGCGCAGAACACCAAGAACGUGGAGGUGCUCCAGGGCGAGGAGCACGUCGCGACGGUGCUCCCGGACGAGACCAUCGACAUCGGCGGCGUCGCCGGAGCUGGGGAGGACGCGUCGUGGGUGCCGGACCAGGAGACGGGCGUCUUCGUCCCCGCCGACACCGGCGCCACCCACGGUCCAGCCGGCGACGCGGCCGCCAUCCCCACGGCGGGUGGGUCAGUGCUGGACCAGUCGGUGUUCGUCCGGGAGGAGGAGAUUGAGGACGUCGAGAGGCCCGCCACCGACAUGGCCAAUGACAAUAGCAAGAACUAGUGAACUACUAGUGCAAGUAGCUCCUUCGAUCAGGCCUCUGUAGAUUCAAUAAGCUUAAGCCUUCGGGUAGAAUAAGUCUCUCAUCCACGCCUGUUUGUGCAAGGCACUCAGUUUCUCUACCAUGCGUACCAAUAUGUUGGCUUGUUAGCGCGCGAUCUGGUAAUUAGUACUGUACGGUCUUUCCUCAUUC